AUGACUCUCUACCCGCCCUCGACCGUGAUCCCCAUCUACGCCGUGCUGACAGGCUUCGGCAUCCUCCUCACAUGCCUCCGCUUCUGGGCCCGCAUGCGCCACACAAGCCGCACCAGCAGCACCAGCUCGCGGGUAGGGGCAGACGACAUCCUCAUAGUGGCCGGCGUGCUCGUGACGGCCGCCUGCGCGGCGAUCCAGUUCUACAACGCGGUGGACGGCACGGGCGGCGAGGCCAUCAGCAGCGCGGACGCGGACGCGCGCGCCCUCGUGGCGCACCGCAUCAACUACGCCAUGAUCGUGAUCGAGAAGGGCGCCUUCGGCGCCAUCAAGCUGUCGCUGCUCCUCUCGUACCGCCGCAUCUUUGGCGUCUGCCGCGGCUUCCGCCGCCUCAACAACUCCCUCCUCGCCCUCAUCGCCCUCUGGACCCUCGCCUUCGUCCUCGCCGACCUGCUCAUCUGCGGCAGGGACGUCACGGUCCAGCUGGCCCUCGACCAGACCAGGGCCCUGCACGCGUGUGGGGACAAGGGGGUCCUGCUGAUCGCCUUUGCCGCGUCGAGCAUCCUCACUGAUGCCCUCGUGCUGGGGGUCCCCCUGCUGUAUGUCCGGCAGCUCCAGAUGGCGGCCAAUAAGAAGCUUGCUGCUGCUUUUGUGUUCUUUCUGGGGACAGUUUACUCGUUUUGA